AUGCUUAACGACCCAACCUUGACAGUCCUCCGUGUGAAUGUCCUAACCGCUAACCCUUUGACAUUCCUGUGCAGCACCUUCUUCCCUCGCCUGGUGCCCUGGGUUAAUCGAUUCUAUUAUUGGCUGGUUUACUCAGCAAAGGUCAAGCAGGUCAAACGCAGUGACAAGGCUUUCAACUUUGACUGUCUCUUCAAGCAACAUGUGUCAGAUUGGUCUAUACCCAUCAUGCAGACGAGGCCAGCUCUGGAGCAACUGAAGAAUUGGUUGGACAGCAAUCCAAACGUGCAAGCACAUUUUCCUGUCGAGGUUCGGUUUGUUCGAGCAGAUGAUAUCCUGCUCAGUCCCUGUUAUAAGCAAGACAGCUGCUUCAUAAACAUUAUCAUGUACAGACCCUAUGGGAAGGAGGUGCCCCGGGAGCAGUAUUGGGCAAUGUAUGAGGAGAUCAUGAAGAGGAAUGGCGGAAGACCACACUGGGCAAAGGCACACAGCUGUCUACGCCAAGACUUUGAGAAGAUGUACCCAGCAUUCCACAAGUUCUGCUCGAUCCGUGAGGAGCUGGAUCCUUCCGGGAUGUUCCUCAACAAUUAUCUGGAAAAGACCUUCUUCUAAGAGUGUAGAUGUUUCACUCCUUUCUUCAACAGUAAACAAAGUUGUUGCUGAA